GAGUACCUAAGUUUUACCGCGACAUUUUCGCGCGGAAAGCCGGGCGUUAUCGAGCCGUGAAAUCCUGAAAUAUAGUCCAUAAAUUUGGGAAAGUGCUCCAAGUGUAUCUUUUAUAAUCAUAUUUUGUGUAUUUACUUUUAAAUGUGAAAAAAAUAUAUCAUAUUCUGAGUUUAGUGUGAUCAUCCAUAUCUAGUUUAGCAGAAAAUUUGUCUUGUGAAAUUUGAAAUAAUUUGUGAAUGACCAGACAUUGGGGAUAGUGUGCCACCUGUAGCCUUAGCCCACAAUGGCACAAAAUGGAUCCCCUGAUGACAUUGAAAAACGUAUGAAUUUAAAACGGAAAAGAAAUUCUACUGAUGAUGAGGUGGAAAAUAUGCCUCCGGUGAAGAUAUCACCAAAACUUAAUGAGAUGCUGCAAGACCAGCCUGCACACAAUGUGGUUGUGGAGUCGUCUUGUUCUAGUGAUGAUGAAGGCUCCCAAUAUGAAAAUGCUGACCAGCCAAGAAGUGUCUUCACUGACAUAGAUUACAAUGCUGAUAGUUUCCUAAGCCCACCGAGUGUAUCAGACUUGCCAAAUUGUGUGCUGAGUCCUUUAGAGAAUGUGGCAAGGGGCGAGUCUACACCACACUCAAAUAAGAGACCCAGCACAAGUAAAUCAGAAUAUCCCACUCUUCCGAAACGGAAGUGUCCUUUGCCAGUGCUCUCCUGGGCAGACCCUCAAGAUGUUUGGAAUGGCAUGUGCGAGUGUGAUGCAAAAUCCAGUAGCAAGAAGAACCCUAACAUGUUUGAUAAUCACCCCAAUCUUCAGUUAAGAAUGAGAGCUAUUCUACUGGACUGGCUUAAUGAGGUAUGCGAGGUGUACAAACUACACAGAGAAACGUUCCACCUGACGGUGGAUUAUAUUGACAGGUACCUCAGUAAUACAGAAGACGUUCAAAAGGGCCGACUGCAACUUAUUGGUAUAACAUGCCUAUUCAUCGCCGCGAAAGUAGAAGAAGUAUACCCACCGAAAAUAAGCGAGUUCGCUUAUGUGACUGACGGUGCAUGCACCACAGAGGAGAUUCUUCUAGAAGAGCUGCUAAUCCUCAAGAUACUGUCGUGGAGUAUUACUCCGAUAACCAUAAACAGCUGGCUGAACAUAUACAUGCAGUUAGCCAGCGAGGGUCGCAGCGCCAAGAGGCGGCUGGUCGGCGAAAGUGAUAUUGGUGCAAACGCUCUCAGAGGCUACACGUUCGUGUUCCCCCAGUACUCGUCGCUCGAGUUUGUGAUAUGUGGACAGUUGAUAGACUUGGCAGUGUUACAUGUGGAUGUAAAUAUGUUCCCUUCCAGUGUGGUCGCGGCCGCUACCAUAGCGCAUUCGUUCAGUAAGGAGCUAGCUGUAAGGGUAUCAGGGUACGCGUGGGAGGCGGUGGCGGCGUGCUGGGCGUGGCUGGCGCCGUUCGCGGCGGCGGUGCGCGCGGCGGGCGGCGUGCGCGUGGUGCGCGGCGGCGACGGCGAGUUCGUGCAGCGCGCCGCCGGCCUGCACCUCAUCUGCCCCGACCUCAAUCUCGACGAGAGCCACCGCAUACAGUCGCACAACGUCACGCUCGACAUGUUUGACAAGGUAUACCAGCAACUCCUAGAACAAUCUACGACACAAGGUGACGCCGGUGCGUCCACAUCACAGGACACAAAUCACGUGUUCCCGCCAACGCCUCCGCAAUCCGACCAGAAGAGUCCCAAGACACCGUCGACGAAGACGCCGUCCACGAGGCAUCAAUCAGUACCUGAUCCUCAUUCAGAGGUAGAAUGAUUGUGGUCUAAAUAUUGAAUUCUUUAUUUGUUGUUAUAAUAUUGUUAUAAUGUUAAGAUUGCUCAUUAAUUCUACGGGGUGUAACCAGAAAGAUAGAACGACCUAAAACUUUUUAUAUAGUAUUUAUAGAAGGAGGGACGACUGAGGGAGACUUUGUACAAAAGUCGAUUGCUUGGGUACCUCUGUCCCAUUCGUGUUUUAACCGCGAGCAGUUGUGUUUGCAUGGCUGUGUUUCAGUUUGAAGGGUGGGAUAUGGCGUAAAUUUACAUGAGCAGUUCAUGUCUAUAGGCGACGGUUACCACUUUCCAUCAGGUGGGCCGUCAGCUUGUUUGCCAUUCUAAGUUGUAUAAAAAAAAAACUCCCAGCUGCACUAUUUCCAAACAGAUACGGCAUUGAAACGUUCAAGAAAAGUGCAUAUUCCUUCUUAAAAAGCCGGAAACGAACCUGCAAUCUUUCUAAUGUUGCUGGUGUAAACACUAUCAGGGCGGCGGUAAUCACUUACUAUCAUGUGAACCGCAUGGUCCUCUGCCCCCUAUGUUACAAAGAAACGCUAAUAUAAAAAUAACACGCGACUUCUGUUAGGUCGCAAUGUACAAAGAUAUUUUUUCUGUUACGAUGCUUGUUUAUUAAGGAAUAGUUUAAUACUAACGUAGGUUUUAGUAUCAUUGUAUCCUUUCAGUUACACCCUACGCAUUUACUCUCAUCAUCUUGUAUACAAUAUACAAUCAUCAUCUCUAGAAACCGCCACAUUACAAUAUAUUUAUUACUGUAAAUAGCUUAAGCCAUAUACGUGGUGCAGAAAGUUAACAAAACUACAAACAAUAUGUUUCAUUACACACUAAACUGUUAAGCCGCACUUAGUCUGUAAUGAUUGCCAAUGCAAAAAAAAAAACAUUAAAUCAAGUUAUAAGUUUUCGUUGACAUCAGCGCCGCUGGUACACCUCGAACUUUACACUAUAACAUGUAUAUACAUAGCAUGCAUAAUAUAUAUAUACAGAAUUCGAAUAUUAAACAGCAUAUUCAUAUUUCGAAUUAAUUUCAGCCGAAAAAUAAAUAAAAAUUUUGUUUACACAAACGGCCAAAACAAAUCACUAUAGUGCCAAAUCUCAAAGGAUGGCAGUUGCCAUGUGUUGUCUAGAUUAUAAUUUCUUAUUUUAAAUAGUGAAAAAAAAAAUGCAUUUCUUAACUACAACUUUUAUCAUCCUAUGCAAUAUAAUAAUCUGUAUUGCUCAAGGUGUUUUUUUUUUACAAUUCAUAUAAUAAAUAUAUCAGUCUGUAAUGUUCACUUUAAUUUAAAAACACUAAUAAUGCAUGAAUUGGUUUAUUUAAUACGUGUGAAGUGUUGGCAAUUAACAAACUGACCAAACUAAUUGCUUAGUUUUUAUGCCAAACUCACCACAAUGUAAUUAAAGUAUAACUUACAGCCUGAUAUAGAAAUAUAGUAUUAUUGUAAUCUUUAUUGUUGUGAACACCAAUUGACCUGAGUAUAUACAGCAUCGUUCAUCAUGAAUAAACAAGCAAUUAUUGUCCUUAUUUACAGAUAAUAGGGCAUAUUGUGAACUGUCACUUCCUAUCUAUAAAACUUAUAUUUGAGCUGUAUAUUAGUGGGAAAUAAUUAUUCUAAGUAGAUACCAGUCAACUAAAUUUUUAAUAGAUUUCAGUCGUACCUACAAUAAAUUUACUUCUUAAUGGUCCGUAACAUAAUACUUAUAUAUUUUUUAUUGCACUUGAACAAAAGAUACAGCGAUUAGUUUAACAACUUGUUAACAAGGGUGGUUGUUAGCAACUUAUGCCAAACUAUCGAUUUAAAAUUUUAAUUUUAGAGAUACGUUUAGAGAAUGGCUAUGUAGACUCGACCACAGUAGUACUUUCUUUCAUUCCAGACAAAUUUGAUAAUAUUGAAGACUAGGCAGCAUGGUCUCCGACCUUAGCCUGUUCCACAACGGAACAAACGUACUAAAAAAAAAGUACUUUCUAUUAAUGUCAAAAUUUUACACUCAGAUAAACAGAAAACAGAAGCACGUUAUAUACAAAACAACUGGAUUACUCUAUUUAUAAUUUACUCCGACGAGUUUUAAUUCGUUGAUUUGAAUUAUUAGUGAGAUCAAUUAAAUUUAAAUUGAAAAAUAAAAUUUAUCAAAAUUAAAUUAAAAUAUUUAAACACUGCACUAACUCAAUUUACAAACAAAUAGUAGGAUACUUGCAUGCCCACUUUGCAUAAGUACACUCAACAUUACAGUGCAACUCGACAUCUGUACAUAUUAUUACAGAACAGUGAUGAGAAACCGCGCAGUGAAAAUUCACUGUGCGCAUGAGCUAAAUUAUUAUUUAUUUUUAUUAUAACGUUUGACAAUAUACUUGUAUUCAAUAUUGAUGUUUAAACUCGCAUAAACAUAUUUAAAAAAAAAAAAAACAAUUUUAUCUUGUGUACAGCAUUUAUUCAACUUUCAAAAAAAGUGAGUUACAGAAUUGCUUAAGUAUCCCCCCAUACGGGUCGAGCCUGUAUCCGGGAAACCUUUUAAAUUACAUUUAUAUUUUCAAAUGUAUUUAGUAAUGUAAUCAAGCUAAACUUAUCUCUAUUUAAGGCGUAAGAACGUGAAAUAUUAAUUAAACCCAUUUCCUUUUAAAUAACGACUGUUAUGUUCUACAUACAAUGCAUACAACCAGUCAUUUACUGAGUGAUAAAUUUACUAAGAAAUUAUAUCCUUUUACUCGCAAGAAAUUUCAACAACUAAAUAUCAAUUUAUAAUAUAACUUAUCUACAUAGAAUUAAUUCACAAAACAACAAGAAACUUUCUCGAUAUCAUAAAAUCACUUGAUAAUAUUACCUGUUAUUAACUAGUAUGCAUUGAACAUUACGUUUAUGCAUUGACGCUUAAACAUUGUUCCUAUAUAAUUAGGAUUUAAUGAAAUAAGUACAUUUAUAGUAUUUUUAUAUGAAGAAAGUAUGUUUCGACUUAAACUAGUGCGUGUGCCAGCACUAACUUAGUUUUUAGUAGUUAUAAUAUGUGAAUACACCGGUGUGUCAACAUUCCAUACUUAAUAUAACGCAUCUAUAUUGAUAAGUGUCGUUGUCACAUAUCGUUUCGUUUGUAUAAAAAAAUCUAAGAGAAAGUUUUCCUCGUUUUUUUUUUUUUUUUUUAAUAUCAUUUUAUACCACCUAUGUAUAUAAAUAAUAAUAAGUGUGCAUUAACAAUCCAAUCGCUGUGAAUCAAUGUUUUGUUUUGUUCAUAUUUUCUCUAUCUUAUCAAAAUUUUACUAAUUUAUAAUCAUUUGUAUUUUUUUCUUUAGUCAUACAUAAAUCAUUACAAUACAUAAGGGACUGUACUGUGAAUUAAAUAUACGCAUCAACAAUUUAUAAGUAACCUUUUUAAGUGAGCAAAUACACAUAAAAACUGUAAAUUAAUUAAAAGCUCACCUUCAAUCAAAUAUUUUAACGUUCUACACAAAGGACACAAGGAUCUUAUGUCAAAAUAGAAUCGAUGUUAAUUUAAUUGUUUUAUCGUUAAUAAACUUAGUUCUUCACUCUUUCUAAAUUAAUUUUGUAAAUAUUAAAUAAUUAUAAUAUUUUAUAUAAUUUAUUGGUUGAUGUGAUUAAUAAAUGAACAAAGUAAGUUCAUGAGACUGAUUAACUACGGACUUUCGAGUCAGAUGAAAAUCCUUAUAAAAUUUGAAUUUAGAACAUUUCUAUUUGUAAUGGCUUAUAAACAAUAUUUUAACCAAAGACUCGUGGCUGACUCGAAAAUAUAUUAGUAGAAUUAUUGCCUGUAAUCACAUAGAUUGAAUAUACAACUAUAUGCAUGGUUUAAUUUAUUUUUUAAAUUAGUUCUCCACCUCUUGUAUCACUCGCUUAUGAUAUUAUCUAUCGUCUUGAGAAAUACUAUUGACUUGUCCACAGAUAUGUUUGAUGUUUUACUUAAAUAUAAAUAAAUUUAUGUAAUUGUUUCAGAAUUGUAAAAAUAUUUUGUGAAAUUUUUAAGCCUGAAAGACGUAAAAAGUUUUAUAAUUUUAGCUGUAUAGCAUGAACUUUAUUUUUAUGCAGUCCAAUUAAUUUAAAAUGUAUAUAUAUAUAUAUACAUUUUAAAUUAAUUGGACUGCAUAAAAAUAUGUUUUACCUAUUUUUUACUAUACACAAUAUGUUUUACCUCUGCAGUGUCUAUAACGCGGACAUGGAUUGAUUCAAGUUUCUACGUGUAAAUAAAGAUCAUUUUAUAUGCUAAGACGGCUUAAAUAUAAUCUGUUGAAGAUAUCAAACAAUUUAAUUUUAUCAAUGCUUCUACGCACUUAUCUAUAUAGAGUAACCGCUCCCGACAGAAAACUUCACAAAUCGUUUGAACUAAUUUUAAAAUGUCGCCAAGAACUAUAUAAAUAUGUCAAUCACUCUCGAUAUACCUUCAUCAUCAUUAUUUCAGUCAUUAUUCGUCCACUGCUGGACAUAAGCCUCCUCCAUAGAUUGGCAUAAAGAACGGUCCUGAGCCACCUGCAUCCAGAUUCCCUGCAAUGCAUUUCAGGUCGUCACUCCAUGUAGUGGGGGGGGGGUCCUAUAUAUUUUAAAUAUGUUUUUUAAAUAAUUCAUUUAUAUUCCAACAAAUUUUUCGUUCUACUUUCCUAAGUUUCACUAAUUUUCUGGUUCAGUUAUUGCUCUAAAGUUUUAUAGACAAUUCUAAAGCGUAAUUUUUCAAAAAGGUCUCUGAAAUUGGAUCUCCCACGCCACUUAUUUAGGUGCAUCGUAUAAACCAAGGUCACUGAUGCGUCUUAUAUUGCUAUUAGAGUAGACAUUUGAACAAUCCAUGUGUGCCGGUUAAGAUUAUUUGAUUCACCACUUCUAUUGGCUAAUGGCAGAUGCAUUUUCAUGUUUGUCUCUGCCGUUUUAAGCAGCUGUUCAUAGUUAGUAUAUGAAAAAAAAAACAGUAUUCUGAUACGUUCUACAGUUGAAUUAUUUCGUUAUAUGUUCCUAUAAGCACACAGAAAUUUUGUCGUCGGCUUACACCAUGCUACACGUUGUUAUCAAUUGGUGGUAUUGUUUUCAUGGUUAUAGUGGAUUGAUAGAUUUAUACUUAGGUGAAAAACAUUACGCUUAUGGUAAAUAAUUACAUUUACCUUAUAGGUACAUAAGAUUUAGAUGAAUUAGCGUGAACUGAAAACUAACAUUAACCGAUGCGGAUAUUGUAAAUAUAGUAAGAGCUAGCAUUACAAAGCAAAAUUGUCUUGAAAAUAGUCAGUGUUGUAAAGCUAAGGAGUUUUUGCACCAUUAGCGAAUUGAUCGGUUAGACCUCGCCCUCAUUUUGUAAGGAAAACUUGUCGGGGACGAUGUCUAACUAAAAAAUUACUGUAGACACGGGUUUUCUUUAUAUACAUAUAUAAUACUUCCAUCAUAUCGUUGUCAAUUUAUUAUUUAUAUAUUUUUUUUUCACAACAAAUUAGUUUUACAAUGCACCGGCUGUAAAUUUUCAUCACAAAGUUACAUGAUUUUGUAUAUUUUGCUGGCUUUAGUUUAUUAGGAAUAAGUUAUUUUUUUUUAUAUAAAUCUAAUAAACUAAUAUAAAAAAGAAUAUGUGUUAGCAAUUAUUACUUUUUCAAUUGAAUUCCAAGAAAUGGUGUGUGAGUGAUCUCAUGGACAGUUCAAUGGGAAACCUUAUGGGACUGAUUAUAAUUUUUUUUUGUAUAACUGUUGUAUUUUCAUUUGUGCAAUAAACAUACAUUUAUCACAUUUUGUAUGAUUACUGCUAAUGUCGUGCGAGUAUUGAAUAAAUGGUAUCAAUGAAUUUUUAAAUUGCUUUUGUUUGUCUUUCCUGACCCUUUAUUCCGUUCUUUCAAAGCCCCAGCCACACUGAGGAACCAGAUGUAAUAAUCCGCUUGUAUAACGGAUUGUGUUCUAAAGGAUUGUUUGAAAUGAUGCCUACAGUCGCCUUUUAUC